AUGCCUUCAUAUGACUUAUCAAACGAGAAGAACCGAGUCAAAGAGACAAUGGUCGCCGUUGAGUCCCGGCACGAAUUCGAAAUGUUCACUAAGAAGAUUUUAUAUGUGGUCACCGCUAUGCGAUUGAACUUUAUUGAUCCGGCGCAUUGGAAUUGCAGGAAAAUAAUCAAUGCAAUAAUUACAACGAUAAUGCUUGGAUUAGCUUGUUACAGCCUGAUUUAUACGAUGCAUAACACGUUUAGUAUGACUCAUUCAGCAAUGAUGAUGUCAUCAAAAUUAUUGACGAUCGCUUGGUCUAUUCAAUCAAUAGUUUCUGUGUGUUUUCUUAUCUACUGGCAGGUGAAUGGACAUAUGAAAUCUUUUCAUCGACAAAUUAUGGAGUGCCAGGAUGGUGUUGGGAUACGAGAAGGAAGAAAAAUGAUUAUAAAGAAUAUCAUCUGGUUCUAUUCGGUCAUAUUCAUAGAAAUAUUCAUUAUUUCUUUGUAUAAUAUUGCCUACUACGUCGGUAACAACCACUCGGAUUUUGUCAUUCGACAGGCGAAGAUGUUCUACUUUUCACAACUUCGUUUUUUAAAUAGCGUUAUCACACUUUACACCUAUAUAGCAUGGAAUGCAUGUAUGUUCCUCUAUAUUAUUUAUACAAAUGCUGCAUUCUUGGAAAUCAAGCAUUUCAACGAUGAACUUGAGAAGCUUGACGGUGCUGCAGAUGAUGUUGAGUUUCAGCUUCUAAACAAAAUGGAAACUUACGGUCGACUAUGUGGUAUAGUUAGGGAGUUGGACCGAAUCUUCAGACUCUAUGCAUUUAUUAUGCUCGUCAUCAUAAUUCCAUCCGUAAUAUUCACUCUUAUGAUGUUGAAUCAACUUAUUCACGGCAUUAAAGACUUCAUCAUUUGUAUGCCAUCAAUCGCACUCUGUGUUUACAGUUUCCUUGGGGUUACUGUAGCGCCGGCAAGGCUGCACGAUGAGGUCGGCCGUUCGAGGAUAUGCCUUAUUCGAAAUGAAUCCGUUUGGUUUCCAUAUAGGAAAGAUGUUUUCACUAUUGCACAAGUACUUUCCUCACAUAUGGAACAAUAUGAUUUGGGGAUUUCUAUUUGGGGAUUUGCUAUUCUUUCCAGGCCAUUGGUUCUUGCGACAUUCUCUGUUAUGGCAAUGGUACUUUCCGUAAUUAUUGAGUUAACACCAACUUCACAUAUGAUCGAAAUUAUUAACUGCACUACCUCAACUGCUCUAUGA